GUGCGUUUUAGUUUGUCCGCCAUAGCCAGCUAUAGCUACUGAGGCGAGCGAGUUUUAGGAGGAGCCCCUUGAGUGGAGGAUCCUAGCAUGAAAUGUCUAGCAUGGUCGAUUUCCUGGGGAUCGAGGAGAAGGUGUCCACCAGCGUCAGCGCCGAGAGGUUGAGGAAGCUGGAGGAGCUCACGGACGAGGACGUGAUGCAGCUCACUCGGGAGGAUUGCCGGCGCUACCUCAAGGAGAAGGGAAUGCGCCGUCCGUCUUGGAACAAGGCCCAGGCCGUGCAGCAACUUCUCUCGCUCAAGAGCCUGUGCGAUCCUUCCCCGGCUUCGAGUGGAGCCGCCAAGAGGAGCCCAUCUCCGCCGCUCGACGAGGCUCCAGCGAAGAAACCCAUGGCAAUGUACGUGGAGUUUUACUUUCUCUCUCUAGAGAGUUACUUGAGCCUUCUUCUUCGCUUUUGGCUUUGCUUUUCUCCUCUUUGUCUGUCUCUCUUGGGUGGCAGGACAAGCAUCGAUCUCAAGGCUGCCGCUGCUGUGGACGCCGCCAAUCUUACGAUGUUUUACGAUGGAGCAGUGUCCGUGUUUGACGACGUUUCGCCAGACAAGGCUUAUGCGAUCAUGCUCCUGGCCGGGGAUGUGAAGUCGUGGCCUUCGAUCAACGUUGCUGCUAACACCAACAAAGUUGUGAUCUCUUCUUCUGAGUUGCCACAGGCGCGAAAGGCAUCACUCCAGCGUUUUCUUCAGAGACGCCGUGAGAAAACUGCGAAAGAGGCAGCAUCCAAAGGGAACUCUAAUAAGUCGCCUUGUCGUGGCGAGAGCUCGGGGAAGCACGCAUCGGAUGCUACUGAUCCAGCCACUUCUCCCUUGCUCACGGAGGUCUCUUCCUAGCUACAUCUCCACUAUACUUCUAUGCCUUCGAUGAACUUACUGUCUUUGAUUCUAUUCUAAGCUGACCUUUGCGAUUGUCAUCGAA